AUGAGUUCCCGACCGUUUACCUGCACUGAGUGCUCUCAGACCUUCACUAGAAACGAAAACUUGGCGCGGCACAAACGCUCACGACACGGUAGUGACAGCCGGCGGCCUUUCAGAUGCCAAUAUUGCAAAGCCAGGUUUACAAGAAAAGAUGUCUGUAAGCGCCACGAAGAGAGAUGUCGCGGCACAUUCGGCCGUGUCCUGACUAUCCCGGACAUGGACGACGGGGCGGGGCAGCCGGCACCGGCUCUCGAGGAUGCUGCCUUGUCACCGGUUGACGAUGACGACUCGCCGGCUUCGAACUUUCAAAUUGGCGCGUCGGCCAUAGAAAAUGACGAAGGUUAUCCGCAUAGUCCACCGGAAACGGUGGAAGAUCGUCGCGCUGGUGAGCUGCUUGCGAUUGCUUUCGGCGGUGAGAUGCCCAAGCUAUCGAAACAGAUCAUCGUGUCGAUUGGCAUGCUGUAUGCCUCCAAAAGCUCCCCUGAAGAACAAGUAGCAUCCUUAUCACAAAAGAGUCAAGCUUUGUGGCAAGCUGGACUUGAAGAACUCUGGAGAUUAGUGAGCCCCCCCUCCCCCCGCGCGCGCUGUUCACACCAGAUGUCCAAUGAUCUGAUUGUCAUAAACCAGGUGGAGUCCGACUGGAGAGAGAUACGGAGGACGUGGGUCAUGCAGUCAUGGCUCUUACACAUUAUCUACGGCGCCUUUACCGGCAAUGCUGCCCACUUUGAUAAGUCAAAGAAGAUGCUGCGAUGGGUUGUCGAUGCUGCUCGAGACCUCGGUCUCCUCCGGCAGACCAUUUUCACGUCGACAUCCAGAUUCAGGGACAACGAAGAGCAGACGCUCCACGACCACUGGAUGUCGUACGUGGAAUCGGAGUCGAUGAAGCUGUCCAUGUACACACUUCUCUUUCUCGACUUCCACAUCUUCUCCCCCUGCAACAUCCGUCCACUCACGACGCCCACCGAGCUCGAUUGGGAGCUGCCCCUGGCCGCCUCGCUAUGGGAAGCGGACACCUCGUUGACCUGGGCCCAGCGGCUCGGCGAGGAGCCCCGAACCGUCGGCCUGACCCGGUCUCACGAAACCCCGGGUAUGCUUUGUCCCACGACCAAGUCGUUAAACCUGGCAAUGCAGUCGCUCAUGACGGACACCCCGAGCCCGCAUCUUCUGGCGGCGCUGCGGGCGUCUCCCAUGGCGACGCUCUUCGUCCUCACGAGCCUCGACUCGCUCGUCAGGGACUUCACGCGCUGUUACUACCAGCUACCGCCGGCCUUGGCGGACCCGAACGCGUUCCAUAUCCUCACCCAGUCCCAGAACAGGCAGGUCAGCGCGGCGCUGCGGUAUCUCUCGGAGUCGAUCACGGCGCAAAUCUCCACGGCGGACAGCUCCAACUGGCACAUUUUGAACUUUGCCGAGCGCAUAGCGCUGUCCGUCAAGCUCUCGCUAUGCAAGCCGGACGACCUGCUCAUCGGCGGCAUCGUGGAGAACAGCGUGGUCGCCGGCCUCACGACGGCAACGCACCUCACGAUGGGACUCCAGAUCGGAGCCCGGCGGUCGCUGCAGAACCUGCUCCGGUACAACUCCGGGGACGACGGGAUGCUGGUGCUUCUCGACGACCUGAUGGACGUGCUGUCGAGCGUCACAAGCACCGGGAGACAAGACCCGUCACGCGAGGCGCCGUGGGCCACCGUCGCCACGUACAAGAUCCUCCUCGCCAUCUGGAGGCUCCUCCGCUGGGCGGCGGGGGAGACGCGGCGGAAAGCCGGGUCCUCCUCGCGGGCGACCGUCCGCGUCCGGUUCGAGGCCUCGACGAUCAUCUUCAACUCCAUCCUGGAGAUCCUUCAGCAGCAGGAGGAAGGGGGACAACAACUGGACGGAGGCCAGGCCCGGCGCGUCUCGGUUCGGGAGUCUGCCGCAUUGGGCAUGGCGCCGGAGGCGAGCGAGGCGCGGUUCGUGGAGACGGUGCUGCAGUUCUGGAAGGACAGGCCGGUGUGGCCUGUGGGAUCCUUCAUGACGACGGUGCUGGAAGAGGUCAUCUCGGCUGGCGGCAUGGUCUACCAGUGA